AAACAAGUUGAUUCAACCGGUGAUGAAGAAUAUUUAUUUGGUGAUAAAGAAGGUUUUCAAUCAAUUUAUGAAUUAGAUAACGACAAACUAGAUUUAGAGGAUUAUGACUUACCCUUAAACGAUGAUGAAUUAUAU